AUGGCCUCCGAAGCUGUCACUACCGCUUUACAGCAAAUCGAGGUUGCAUCAGUCAGCGAAAAGCCCUCGCAGUACACUACACUGCUUCAGCAAAUUGUAGAAUCAUCCAAUAAUGUCGCCGCCGACCUCAACCUAUACGUACAAACCCUCCUCGACGACUCGCUGGGCAUUGUUGUGCUCCGACCACUUCUCGCUGCCUUUGUAGACGCAUUUCGAACCAUCCAAGACGCAGACUCCAAGAUCGAAAUUGGCGAAAAGGUCCUCGCACUUUUACAAUCCAAGGGCGCAGGUCAAUACGAAGAGCAAGACACACAGAUCAAGCAUGUUCUGGCAGACGCAUUCGAGCAGAACGAGGACUACCGGCGGUCCGCCCAAACACUCUCCCACAUCAAUCUAGAGUCAACACAAAAGUCCAUUUCUGCCGACGAAAAGGCAAAGGUUUGGAUUCGGAUAGUGCGAUGCUAUCUCGAAAAGGACGAUCCAACCAGCGCUUCCGUACAUCUGAACAAGAUCAAGAACAUUCUGUUUAGUGUACAGGACAAGGAGACCAAGGUCAUGUUCCAGCUCAGCCAAGCUCGCAUUCUUGAUUCACAACGCCACUUCCUCGACGCCGCACAAGCAUACUACGGCAUAAGUAAUGAGCCCCUGGUCGACACCGAGGAACGAGAGAGGUUUCUUGGCAGGGCAAUCAUUUGCACUGUCCUGGCUCCUGCCGGUCCACAGCGAGGAAAGAUGUUGGCCAAGCUAUACAAGGAUGACCGGGCUAGCUCCGCGGAUGACUAUGCCAUUCUGGAGAAGAUCUUUCUCAAUCGCCUGCUUACGCCCGCCGAGAUCAAAGCUUUCUCCUCCAAGCUCGAUGCUCACCACCUCGCCAAGUCCGCUGACGGUCUUACCGUGUUAGACAAGGCCGUUCUCGAACACAAUUUGCUCGGUGCAUCGAAACUAUACAACAACAUUGGCUUUGACCAGCUCGGUGAGCUCUUGGGUAUUGAUGCGGAGAAGGCGGAAGACUACGCGGCAAAGAUGUUGGAGCAGGGUCGUCUUGCAGGAUACAUUGACCAGAUCGAUCGCUAUGUUUUUUUCGAGGGCGAGGCCAGCGGGGAACGAAAGACGGGCCAUGCAGAGCGUGUGGUUGGAAAGGAGCUACGGAAGUGGGACGCAAAUGUCACUGGAUUGGCAGAGGAGGUGGAGAAGGUCACUUCGAUGAUCCAGAAUCAGUACCCAGAUUUUUACGCUUCACAGGCGGUGCACUAG